CUGCUUGUUGUUGCGGCCGUCUGUUCUCGGAGAAAUCUACAAUAUCAGAGGUUUGCACCCUUUAAUCGACAUUGUAUUUCAUGUUUUAAAGCCAUAAACAUAUGAUACUCUCGUUUAUAUUUGCGCAUUUUAUGGGAGCUGGCAUAAAUACUCAUUUUGAUUUUGAUUUAGAAAUAUAUUGUAAGUUGAGUUACAUCGAUACAAUGAUGCUAUCGAGGCCAACGAAUCUGUAGGUUUUCCUUUCAAUUAAAAGAGAAAAUGGAGUCCCUAGGGGGGCGUCUGAAGGUGAUGGUUAAAGUGUUCAGGAGAGAGUGCCAAAGCGUUUUACACUCUGAGAGGACCACCAUUCAUGGAGCUGAUGGCAUGCUGAUGAUACUGCAGCUGGCAAUGGCAGAAGUUAACAAGCAGCACGGCCGAGAGUUCAAAGUGGCCCUGAGUGAUGUCCUGAUGGCCUGGAAACACUUAUUGUUAGACAAACUUCACCUGCCACCCCCCAACUCUGCACGCAUGGAGAACUAUGAUCUCAUCCUGGAGGCAUAUGAAUCCUUCCUGAAGCGCUCCAACACUGUGGACCUGAUUGAUAUCCUCUCCCUGUACAAACAGAUGAGAUUAGUGGACUCGGACCCAGAGGAGCCUUUGAGCCCGGUUCAGCUGUUUGAGUUCUUAUCGAGCAACAAGGAGGUCUUGGAGUUUCCAGACUCUGCAGUCCCGUCAACACCGUCUAGUAAAAUCAGACCCUGCUGCUCACAGGUGAAAAUUGCAGUGAGAAGAGUUUUCUGCUCCUAUCUGAAUUUGCUUGUGAACGUCAAGAAUGACAUCGCCUUGGCGCUGACCCUUGACGUCCCUAGUCGUGCUCUCGGACGUCAGGCAUUUACCGACGUCAAGCAUGCUGCACAAAACAACAGCACCUCUCUCUUCUUGGCUGUGACAUCUUUUGUGAGGGCCAUCCAGCUCGGAGGCAGAGGCUACGCUCCAGCUGAGUCUGACCCACUGAGGAAACAUGUCAAAGGCCUGUCUGACUUUGUUGAGUUUUUAGACAACCUGGGAGAAUUACUCGGGGAGAUACCCGACCCAAGUGUCUGUGGAGCCAGGCUGGUGGCUGCCAUCAGGGCGGUGCUGGUGAAGGGACGCAGCAGUGGAGAUGCAGUGUAUGCUGCGGCUGAGGAGACGACAAAGGAGCUGAAGGAGAGGAUUUGCCAGCUAUAUCAGAUCCAGAAAGAGAUUGCUAAGGGAAGCGGGACAGGGAUCAGCCCUGCCAGGCCAAAGGCGCACACAGUCAAUCACUGCACUGCGUACGGUGGUCGGGACACUGUGAAGGUGCUGCUGGCUCUGUUGGAUGAAGAGGCCCUGACUCCCCCGUCUCAGAACAAGGCGGACCUGCUGUCUGAGGACCAGCCCGUCCUUAGUGAAGCAGAGGGGACCUGCAUCCUCAACUUGUUCAGAUCCCCUGAAGUGUCAACUGGAAGCUCUCCAGAACCUCUUAAGAACAGAGUCCAGAGCCGGCUAGACCUUCUCAAGCCCAAGCCCAAAGAGGGAGUCAUUCGAUCCCAGUUUGCAUGCACAUACAAGGAUGAAGAACUGCCACUCAACCGUGUGCUGGAGUUCCCCAGCAGCAGCCAGAUGCCCACCUGUGUGCACCCGGCACCCAAACCCAAAAACAUCCCCCCUGUGGACGAGGAGUGCAGCUCUGAUGUGGAGGACAAAACCAAAGCCAAGUCCACAUCUGAAUGCCUGAAUAAAGAGCAGAGCAGUGUGCAGCGGGGGGCUGCUCUCGGGCCAAGAAGUGGAAAUGCCCAAAAAAGAGUUGCAGGCCUGGGCAUUAAAAAGAAAACUGGCACUCGGGCACAAGGAAAGGGCAACAAGAGGAAGCAGGUGGAUUCGGACCAACAUGAAGGAUCGGAGAACGAGCCCCCAGAGAAGAAGCAGCUCACUGGUGUCUCACUCAAAAUGCCUGGCAAGAAUGUCAGCAAGGUCUUCAGUAAGAAGAAGCUGAUAGCUGGACAGGGAAAACUAACAAGCUUCUUCAGGGUCUAAUGAAUCAUUUUUAAUAGUUUUAUGAUGCAGCUAAAUGUUUUUCAGUGUGUGAAUGUUCCAAUUAUGGCUGCAACUUAUCAUUACUUUCAGUCUCAGUUGAUCUGGUGACUGUUGUUUUAAUGAAUGUUUGUUUACUUGCUGAAAGAUAGAUGACUGUAUGCUAAACUUUGUAUUUUUUGUUGAAAAGUCAGAGAUGAAUUUCCUAUGCUACUCAUGGUGUCCUCACCAUUUUACCCAUAAAACAUGAAACAUGUGGGUGGGCUUAAUGUGAAUAUAUCAGUUUGAUAGCAGAUCAUUGUUAACUUGGCCAGUACAUUUUCUUUCAUCAAGAAUAGUCCUACUUGAAAUAUUUAAUCACUAGUUGUACAGUUUAUUUAACUUGUUCCUCAGCGAAAUCAAGUGUGUAAGAUGCAGGCUUUCACUUUAAUAAACUUUUAUUUUGUUUUA